CAGUGGUGGAAAUUCCCAUGUUACAACAGCAAACACACUUCCGCAAUCAGAGUGAGUAAAGGCGAAACUUUGUAAAGACGCAGAAAAGUUGUCGGACUGGGCAUUGUGAUGAGUGAAGGUGACUGAAAAAGUUCCAUGGAUGGCAGGGGGCCUUAUCGCAUUUAUGACCCUGGUGGGAGUGAACAGCGGAUAAAAGAUGAGACAGGCAACAUUUCCUAUCAAGAGCUAAUGGAGGAGAAUGCUACAUUAAGGGAAAGAAUGAAGGGACUCAAAGUCUUGGGAGAUCUCCUGGAAGAAUCCCAGACAGAGGCCUCAAAACUCCGUCAAAGAGUGGAAGAACUUGUGAAAGACAAUGAAGUUCUCAGGUCUUCCAAUAGUUUCAUGUCAUUAUCUCCAGGAACCCAUAUUCCACUUCCUGGCAAAACUCAAGAUGAAGUAAAACAUGAAGAUAUAAUCUCAAAAGUACAAAAGACAGAAGCCGAAAAUCAUCCACUAGCAGCUGAAACCACGACCCCAUCCAGUGGGGGAUCUUCAGAAUUUGAAGUUGCUAACCUUAAUGAAGGACCAAAAUCUAAUGUGGUAUUACAGACAUCUGCAGAGAGUCAAAGUCUUUCCUUUCAGCUUCAGGAACUAGAAGGAUCCCUAAAUGCAUUUGCUGAAGAAGCCAACAAAAACCAACUCUUUAUGCAUCUAGGACGAAUGGCACUUGAACUUAACCGAUUAUCUUCCAAGGUGCAAAAAAAUGAGCAAAAAACUACAAUUCUUCAGACCCUUUGUGAACAGCUGCGAAGAGAAAAUGAGGAUCUCCGUGAGAAAAUGAAUGAUGAUUUGAAAGUCAAAGUACAAGACUUUGAGAAUCUCAAACAAGAAAAUCAAGAGCUUAAAAAGAUAGUGAAGACCAAAGUAGAGAACAAAGAGGGAUUGUUAUGUGGAUCUGGCAAAGAUAAUCUGGUCAAGCAGGCAUCUGUGGGGACAAAGAUGGAGGUGGUCUCUGUACAACAGUGUUUCAAGGAAAAAGCAGAUGUUAAAAGUCGGGACAUCGAUGUUUUUGAAAAGAAACUAAAGGCUCUGGAACAACAGAGAGGAGAGCUUGUGGAGGUGAAUAAACAGUGGGAUAAGUCUUUCAGGUCAAUGAAACAACAGUAUGAGCAAAAGAUUACUGAACUAAGACAACGACUUGCAGAUUCACAGAAAGCUGUUGCUGAUCUUGAAGCAGAACGUGAACAAAGACAGCGUGAUUAUGAUCGUAAAUUAUUGCUUGCCAAGUCUAAAAUUGAAAAUGAAGAGUCUGAGAAAGAAAAGUAUAUAACAGAGGUUACAGAGCUGAAACAAAAGAUUAAAUACAUGCAGGAUCAACUAAAUCCACUUACUAAGCAAUGGGAAUAUCAAGAAAAGGAGAUUCAACGCUUAAACAAGGCCCUAGAAGAAGCUUUGAACCUGCAAACUGCUACAGCACCCCAGGCCACAGUUUUUAAUAAUCAUGGAGAUGGCGGAAUGAACUUAAGACGACAGGAGCUGCUUACACAGAUUUCUGUUCUAAAGGAACAGGUGAAAAUAUAUGAAGAGGACUUCCAGAAAGAGAGAAGUGACAGAGAACGCAUGAAUGAAGAAAAGGAAAAACUGAAGAAACAAGUUGAGCGACUACAGGGCCAAGUGUCUGUGUUGAACAACCAGCUGCUCCUGGCUCAGAGUGACUGUCAGAGAGAACGUAUGGAAAAAGGCAAGCUGGAGAGACUGCACAGACACCUUAAACAGGGCCAACAUGAGAGGGUUACAUCUGAUGCAGAUUCUGCGGCAACUGGUCCAGCUAUGGCACAUCCCUACCAAGGUGCUUUUGUGUAUCCAUUACAUCAUCCUGGUCACAAAGGAUUAGAAGAUUGGCCUAUACGUUACCCACCAAGAACAGGAACUGCGGAUCAUGGUAGAGAUUUCCAGCAAUACCAUUUGGACUUUGCCUGGCAACCUUUUCCUCAACCAAGAAGUCCAAAAAGUCCUGCAGAAGUAUCUAGCCCCACUGCAGACAAUCCAGACCCUGUAUCACCUGUUAUAGGAAAGUCUGAGCAUCAUAAGUGACUUUUUUAAGCACUGUGCUAAGUAAUAAAAGUUUGAAAGGCUGUAUACUGUUUAAUUUUAAUAUUGUAAUUGUAAGUAUAUUUAGCUAAUCUUAGUAUAUUGCUUCUCAUUUGUAUUUCAUAAAAUAUACAAUUAUAGUAAACUAUUGUUAAUAUAUAGAUAUAAAAUAAUGUCCUUUUUUGUGUUGUCUAUUAUAUUUAAACUGUUGAAAAUAAAUCAAGCCACAUAUAAUCUAUCAUGAAACAUAGGUUGGCUAAGUGUCACUGUAAUACACCUUCAUUCUGGAUCAUUCUUCAAAUCCUCUUUUACUUUAAAUGCACUUGUACAUGAAGAUAAUUAACUAAGGGAAGGCACAAUACCAAAAUGUGUAACUUUGAUGUAAAAUGAAAUAUAUGAGGACUGCUUUUGAAAACUCAUAGAAAUAUUUUUUUUAUUAUUUUAUACAAAUGUUCCAACGUUUAGCCUUCAUAUUAAGAACAUUUUGUAAGAAAAGUAGCAAUUGUAAUCAUGUUCUCAUUUUUUUAGCCUAUGUAAAAUUUAACAGCCUGAAAGGUAGUUGUACUAUUAGGAUCCAAAUCCACUGUAUAAUCUUGGGACUUAACAGCAAUUUUUAUGAAGGUAAUUUUUCCAAUUAGCAAAUGCAAUAAACUGUAUUGUCCCCUUUUGUAAUACUCAAGUAUGUUAUGUAAUGCAAGUCUGCUUGUCACUAGUAGAAAAAGGGAAAGAAGUUGGAGAGAGAAAGAGAUGGAGAGGGAGAUUAGCAGAGUGAAGAGGGAAAGUUGAAAUUAACAAACUUAUGAAACUGAAAGAGGGAAGAUUUAGCAGGUAUGGUGUAGAAAUUGCACAAUGCAAAAAAUAAUUUUGGUAACCUUAUUCAUGUGACCAUGCUGUCCAAUCAUAUUUUAUUUUUGAUGGCUUAAUAUUUAAAGUUUGAAGUAUACUUUUAUUUUUAGUAUUUAUUUUUUUUUAGAUUUUAAUUUUUUUGCUGUCAUUCCAGUACAUUGCAUGAACAUGCUUCACAUUUUAAGCAUAACAAAAUCAGCCUGUCAAUGGCUGUUUUAUCAAAAGCCUUUUAAAUACCAUUAUUAAUUUCCCCCAAAAUGUACAGUAAGUAGAAUAAAGAUUUCAGCUUUUUUGGUUAAUUCAGAGUUGAUUGUUUCCUUAAUAUGUGUGAUGCCAAUAUUCUCUGUGUUACGUCAAUAUUAGUGGUUAUUUACCAUAUUAAGGUUAGCUUUUACAUUUUCUUAUGUUUCUUUUUUCAGUUCAAAUAUCCACUAAUCAUUUGGUCUACUGUAAAACAAAACGUUGCUACAUCUAGAACUUUUUUGUAUUAACCACACACUUUAAUUGAAGACUACAUUUUUCCAUCAGGCCAGUUUUCAUUAAUCAAUAUUUACUCCCAGUGCAUGAGUGCAAUAUUAAUGUUUGUGAAGGCUUGUGACUGAUAUGAUCAGAUAUGGAAGUGCAUUUGAAAGUGCAUUUUGUGAAUAUGGGUGAGUUGCAAAAAUGUUUAUUUUAAAAGAAUAGCUUUUCAGACAUGGCAUUCUAAGCUUAUUUGAUAAUGCAUUUUAUUCCUCUUACCUAAUGAUAUAAUAAACAUACUGCAAAAAUAAGAGUUUGUCUAUCGUCCUCUUAGAUUUUUUUCUUUUUCUAUAAAAAGAGUAAUCCACAAAAUUGAAAUGUGUAACCAUCUAAAAACCGAUUGUAAGACAUCCUGUCAAGUAUUUUUGACAUUUAGUGUGAAACUCUGUUUAGUUUAGAUUAGUAAUGCAAAAAACUGUAUCCUUUGUCAACCUACAGAGAAUCACUGUGCCCCACCUUAGAACAUUAUAGCAAUGAAUCACAUAACUAUGAAAGAACCAUUAUGAAUGUUAUGCCCAGUUAAACUUUGAUAACAUAUUAUAAACAGGCGCAGGUAUCAACAUUAAUUUCUAUGAAUUAUUGACAGCAGUAAACAUCAGAGUGUCAAAUUCUAACCAGAAGUGUCUGCCAGCAGGUGUAUGCUCACCUCUUCCAUUUUGUUGCUUUACUUUUUUUAAGAAGUGGUUUAAUUAGUUACACGAGUUGUGCCCAGUGUUUUUGAUUAUUAUUAUAAAAUGUGUUGUCAAAGACAAAAGAGCCACAAAAGCUUUAAGAUGGUAAAUUUGUUUGUAGUCUUACUGCAAAAUCUUAAGAUGAGUUUAAAGGAGAGACACAAUCAAAUGGUUUUGUGUACGUGAAAGGCAUUAACUCAGAAUUCCCAAAAUUUUGUCAUUUGGUUUAGCAUGUGUGUUAGUAUGUAUAAGUGUAAAUAGAUAAAAUCCUGUACUUACAGUUAAACAUUUUGUGGAUUGCAUUAAAUGUGAGUUUAUGACUAUUUGGAAGUAUUUACUAAUAAGAUAUUCAAAAUGUUUUCCUGAGAAUUCUAACUGUAUUGUUAAUGUCUUCAUUGACUGUGGUAACUAGAAAAGCAACUGGAAAUCUUUGAGUUAUUUGUAAUUGCUUGAAAAUAUAAGGUAAAAUGAGACUUUUCUAAGUAAUCAAUAUUAAAUUAUAUAUAAUCUAUGUGUAAUUUAUGCAUUUGAAUAUCAUUCUGGUAAAUGAAAAGAAAACUUAACCCAUAAAAAGGUCAUAUGAAAAUAUUUCUAAAUUAUAAUCUUCUGUCUUUUUAAAAUUUUUUUGUACAGUAAAGUAAUGACCAAAAGUGUAUCUUUUCAGCAGUCCUUAUGCAGCCAACAAGGUCACUAAGGUUUACAGUUCAAGCUGUUAGCAAUCUUGUUUACUUCCCCCCCAAGUAUCUUGCUAUCUUAGGCAACUCUUAAAAAUCUGGAACAGUCUUUGUCAUUGCAGAUGGCUUCAUUCUUUAAGGUUUCAUUCUUUAAGGUUUGCAGUGAUGUUUUCAUUUUCUUGUCUGGUCUGGGCUAUUGCAGUGGAUUAGCUUUUUUUGUGACCCUUUUUAGUAUAAGGGCAGUUGGAAGCAGCAGCCCUCUGCCCCACUCUUUGAAGAGGGGACAGGCAGGCCUAAUGGGGCACUGCACCUUACCUCUUUUUUCUGAACUUUUAUUAAAAUUAAGCCUUGAUUUUCUUUUCUAACAGUAUUCUAAAAUGAUAUACUGCUCUUUUUUUCUUAACAUGACCCUGGAUUCAGUUAAAAAAAAUAUUGAAAGCACUUCAUCGGGUAAAUUUCUUAUUUCAGGAGUCCAUUAACAGCAGCUAUGUGUUCCUUGCUUCUCUUGCUGAUAGGACAGACGCUGUGUGAUCCUUAAAAACAUGGAUUAAAUAGGUUCAGUUUGCUAGAAAUCCAAAUGUUGUUCGUAAGCAGGAAGCUGUUAUUCGGUGCUUUUAUUGUUCUGUUGUCUUCUGCUGUAUGUUUUUUUAGCCUGAUUAUGACAAGGCUGAAGUAAGUAGCUUAUUCACUCAGGUUUGUGGUAACAAGGAUUCCAUAUGUUAAAAGGUAUCCACUGGUAUGUGUCAUUAAACCUGAUCAAUAACUCAAAACAUAAACACUAAACAUUUUAAUUUUGUUUUGACAUUUUCCUGGCCCAGUGCUGUAACGCAUGUCAUAUUAAUUAGCAACCCUGGUGCACUCCGAAAUCUCUAAAUUGUAUUUGGACACUUUUACUUUUGCCAGCCAUGGGCUUCAGUUUUUCGUUUUUUUUCCUCCCAAGAACAUGAGAGAGAGAAAGUAUUGGCUGUUGUGUCUAUUAAAGAACUGAAAAGGAACUAUAAGAUAAUUUGGAUUAUGAAGAUGUAAUAGGAGGGUUUACUGCAGUGAAUGUUGGGAAAGUUAGGAUUGUAAACUGUUUAAAAAAUUCUACUGUGAAUUCUCACUAGCUCUCACCAAUGAUAUUGUAUAAAAAUUAUCAUCAUUGUUUAAUGACUCAUCAAAUAAUGUGUUACAUGACAAAAAUGUUUUCUUUAUUAAUAAUGUGCAAAAUUGACAAUUUAAAAAAUAAAAUUGACACCUUUUAA